UGUCCCUAAUAUGAAUGACCUCCCCAAAGAUUUCACACGGAUCAAACUAGCGUGAAUAACCGAAAACCAGUCGAGACUCGAGAGUGGAAAGGCUCGCCGAGUGGUCAGUGGGGGUUGUUUUUCUAUGCGGUCUUCGAAAUUCGCAUGACUUGGAUCGACUCCAGAAAAAUUCACAAGUGUGCGAGUUACGUUUACGUGGUCGUUAAGUGUUUUCUGCCAGAAAUUAUGGCUGGUACCAGCGACAGGCAUUAUCACAACGACACCAGUAGCGAUACCGAAGAUUAUACAGACGACAGGCGACGAAGGGUGUUCAAAAAUCGUAUAAGUUACGGAUCACUAUCAUCCAAGCCGAAACCGUGCCUUGUCCAACGUAGCUCGGCGUCCGGUGGGGACCCCCGUUGCCACCUCACAUCCUCAUCGAAACACAUGGCCUCUCAAUCACGCAGGUCGAGAAGCUUGCUUCAACCCGCCUCUCACACUAAGGGUCAACCUCCGUCGCCCCAGCAGCAAACUUCGAGCCUGGCGGUGUCGAACGAAGACCGGGUUACCCUGGUAGUCGACAGCACCAGAUUCGUGGUCGAUCCAUCGUUAUUUGUGGCCCAUCCUAAUACUAUGCUGGGUAGGAUGUUUUGCUCGUCAUUAGACACGCAUCCGAACGAUCGUGGCGAGUUCGAGGUGGCGGAGGGUAUUCCCGCGAGCGUAUUCCGCGCGAUCUUGGAAUAUUACAAGGGCGGCCUUAUCAAAUGCCCACCCUCGGUAACCGUGCAGGAGUUGCGCGAGGCGUGCGACUACCUGCUCGUACCGUUCGACGCGAGUACCGUCAGAUGUCAAAAUUUAAGGGGUCUGCUGCAUGAGCUGUCGAACGAGGGCGCGCGUUGUCAGUUCGAGGUGUUCCUCGAGGAGCUGAUACUGCCGCUGAUGGUAAACUCGGCGGAGAGGGGCGACCGCGAGUGUCACAUUGUCGUACUGCUCGACGACGACACCGUCGAUUGGGACGAGGAGUACCCGCCCCAAAUGGGCGAGGAAUAUAGCCAGACGGUGAACAGUACCGCUAUGUACCGGUUCUUCAAGUACAUCGAGAAUCGGGACGUCGCGAAACAGGUGCUGAAAGACAGGGGACUGAAGAAGAUCCGACUGGGGAUCGAGGGUUACCCCACUUACAAGGAGAAGGUGAAGAAGAGACCGGGCGGCAGGGCGGAGGUGAUCUACAAUUACGUGCAACGGCCGUUCAUUCACAUGUCGUGGGAGAAGGAGGAGGCGAAGAGUAGACACGUCGACUUUCAGUGCGUCAAGUCGAAGAGCGUUACGAAUUUGGCCGAGGCGACGGCCGAUCCAGCGUUGGAAUUGGACGCCAGGGGCAACCCGAUCGCGACGGUCACAAUCGGAGAUGCGGCGCCCCUGCUGCCCGAUUUGGCGCCCCUGGGCGGGGAUAACGAAGACGGACUCGCAGGUGACGGCCCCGACCUUGACGUGAUUAACAAUUUACCGCGGGAGGAGAAUUUGUGAAAGUAAAUAAACUCCCUCCAUAGACUGAAUUUUUUCUUCGUUUGCGUUGUUAGUGGAAUAUUGUAUUUUGUUUUUUUUUUUGGACGUUUUGAUAUUCGUUGCUGGGUCAAUCGCCCGAUAAUCGUUUGCCGAAAUUCGGCCUUUGUAAUUUCGAACGGGAUGACAUGUCUGCUAUUUUCGGUUUGUUCUUUUCCAGGGAGGUGUCCAUUAAGAACUUAUGUAUAUGAAUUCGAAUAAUUGCCAUCUUUCCAAGGUUUUAAACGUCAGAAAUAAUUGUCAAAUCUGUUAAAUCUGUUUUAUACUUACGAAGUCGAUAAAUUUACACUAGUAACUAACCAAAAACAGUUUUUCUCGGGCUAAAUAACUGGACACCGCCAACAUAAUAUUUGCUUCUAUUGGUAUUAUUGUUUAGCACUACAUAUGUCAAGCAGGUAUUGUCGGAAUAGCUUAUGGCGCCUGCACCUAACUUUUUGUCGUAAUACAUCAGAAACAUAGGUCAGAGCAAUUUCUUUCGAAAGACUUUAACAAGUAUAAAAAAACAUGAUUUCAGAGUUGCGCAAUUAAGUCGUGUUAAUUGCCACUGCUGAUUUAAGUGGCUGUUACCAAUCUUAAUUUCUUAGCUGUCACAACGUAGCGCUGGUAUUGUUAAUGGUCGCCCCCUGAGUAAUUUUCAGUAAAAUACGUACACUUUAUCCGGCAUGCUUUGAGUGUUUAAACUGUCGAUUUUCAAUUACACGUGUGUGGCCGUCUUUUACUUAGGUCAAAAUUUGCCAAAUGCACAAAAUUUGCUUCGCUCUAGAAUCCCGCUUGCAAGUAUCGCGCAAUGUUGCGUUUCCAAGAUCCUACUGCUGAAGUUUUGACAUUGCCAGAGAAUAAAAUCGACUGACUUCGAUUUCACAAUAUCGGCUGUGUACUCGUAACCACUAACGUUUCAUUUAUUCGUCGCAACCUGUUAAGUGGAUUUUGUUAAAAUUUAUCGUGGAAAAAGCUGUAAUUUGUCCAUUUUGUCGAUAAUUCGCUAGUCUCUACAUUCCACAUUACAAAAUCACGAACUGAUCACCAAAUCUUGUCGAGACUGAACUUAUUAACCGUUUUGAUUUGCUCAUGUUUUUUUUUUAAACGUAACUCGCAUAUUGUACCUUUUUAUUCGCUCCUAGUGUGAGGUUUUUAUACUUGUAAUUUUUACCAAAAUAUAUGCGGUCUUCAUUGUGAUGUGCUAGUUUUAUUUCACCUGCUUUCUAUUCCUAGGUGCUUAACGUUUUGCAAAACUGUUUUGACAAUAUACAUUUUCAUGAUGUUGACAAUGCAUUUCCAGUUUAAGCGCAAUUAUUUUAAUUUAUUGGGUUGAGAGUUGAUUUACUUAGUAUAGGCCACUUUGAUAC